GCUGACACCCCCACAUGUCCGACGUCCACGGGUGGGAUCGCGGCGCAGACGGGGCUCUGAUGGAAGCUAGAGCUCCCAUCCCGCACAUUUCCUAGCUGUCACUGCGAGCCGCAUAUGCACCAACUUCACAUGCUCGAAAGCCAUGAAAAAGUUCAGUAACACAAUGUUAUGUUUCUGUAUUUUGGUCACAAUCUCCGACGCGUCAUAGUAUAGCACCAAGUUUAACCUUGACUAUGUCGUAAACAAUUCAGCAUCUCUCACGGUCUCACCACUGCUUUUAUUCUUGCUUUCGGACAACACUCGCGGAUUAUUGCACUUUGCAUCGCUCAAACGGCCGAACCUAGAUAGGAUAUCAUAUUAAUCAUCAACUUACCGCCAUCAUGGAUCAAGCUCAUUCAGACGAGCCUGCUGUUCCUAUCAAGAGGGAACCGCCUUUCAUCGUCAGACUCUAUUAUCGCACCGGCGCAUUUCAUCGAAUGAACGAGUUCACCUCAGACUCGCACCUCCCCCUCUACGUCGAAAUCCCCGCCUGGCGCUCAACCACCCUGGACGAACUAAGUCUCGACAUCGCCAACGAGCAGUCACCCCAGGGCCCUUUACUCCCCAACCCAGCAAUCGGCACGCGCCUCGUCUUCCGGCUCAUCUACGUCGACACGCGCAAGGACUCCUCCCGGCACGUCUCCAAAGACUUGGGAAGCGUGGUCAUCGGCGCCGGCUUACCCGGAGCCGACGCGGACGCCGGCCUGCCCGACGACGAUCCUUGCUACGACGAUGCUCACAAGACGCUGGCCGACGCCAAGUUCAUGCCGGGCGAUUUUAUUUCUUGCGCGAUCCUGCCGCCGAACGACCUGGACGGAGCGGUCGAGCCGGUGAGCGCGGCAAGGACGGGGCGCGGCUCGGGGAUUGGGGAGGGGAGGAGCACGGCUGCUUCGCCGCCGCCGCCGGGGCCGAGGGGGAGGGAUGGCGGUUAUAGGGAUCGGAUGGGGAUGGGAGAUCGGUACGGUGAUGAGCUCCCGCCGCAGGCAAGGGGAUACCGUGGUGGUGGGGGUGGGGGUGGUGGGCGGUUUGAAUCGAAUUCGUAUGACUGGGGAGGACGGAGGGAGAGUAGGGGCGGACGAAAUAAUCGCCAGAGGGAGCCUGGUAUUAUGCCGCAAGGGGAUUGGAGGCGAGGGUUUUGAGGCUUUGAGUUGCAGGAGGGAAGGGAGUCCAUACACCAACGGGUUGGGGGAGGCCAGAAUCAGCAUGGGUGCAUGUUGGAUACCAAGGACGUAUCAUGUUUGGUGGAUUUAUGCGAUCACUACGGAAAAAAAAAAGGACACAGAAAUCAUUUUAUGGCAAAUGAUGCCGCCAGAACGGCAUCAAAAGCAGGAAGGGGAUGUUGGCUCGAUAUAACAGAGAUCAAGACAUUCUACAAGUGCCGGUGACUCCGCAAGAAGAGAUCCAUGGGUCACUGAACAGGAAGCGUUCUUCGGUCAAAAGCAAUCGAUGGCGGAUUGAAGAGCAUCACAAAAGCAGUAGCACAACUGGGCCAUAUGUGCUCGCUGUCCACCGCUAUUCCGGAUGUAUGCGCGCAGGAACUCAAGCAAUCCAGGAGAGUGAUUCUAAUAAUAUGUUUUCAUGGGCCCAG